CCCGCCACGAUUACGUAUUAUACCACGUGGGUUAUCAAACCAUGUGACUCUCAUUCAAGUUCAGAUCACUCGUGUUUACAUGACUAUCACAACUGUCAAACAGCGGUCAGAGCACGCUAAACGUGUAUGUAUUGAGCAUGAAAGUCACCAAUCUCAGCAGGAUCUGCUUUAUCUUGUGUGGAAUCAUCGUCCUUCUGUCCUCGGUGUUUGCGGAAUGUCCUGUUGGCAACAUUUUGAAUAACCUGUCUCAGACGUGUGUACGCUGUGUUGAUGUCUGCGACCUCGCACGUGAUCCUGGCUGUCUCAGUCGAUGUCUGGGUACAACAUUAGCGUCUGAUUUGAGGAGGUCGAACAGGCGCCGUCGGGAUAUUUUCAGUCAGAAAUGCAUCGACGUCGAAUGCGCGGACUUCUUCUACUGCGACCCCGGGGUCGGGGAGUGCACGCCCUGUGACCAGCAGUGUGAUCACCACCGCAUCCAGGGCACAACAGAACAAUGUCGCCACAAUUGCCCAAAGUACUUCAUCCGUAUGGAAAGUACAACAUCACAAGCUCCACACAACGAAGUCCCAAAUCGCAGCACUACCGUGGAGCCUGGAGGCACAAGUACCCACUCUGAUGAGCAGCAGUUGGACAGCGAUCACAACACUCGGAGUGACGAGUUUAUCAUCGGCAUCGCAAUUAUUGUCAUUCUGAUCAGUCUGGCCGGUAUUGCGGUACUGCUGUGGAAAAGGAAGUAUCUGGCCAAGAUGUGUCGCCCAACCUCAGAGCCAGAAGAACAGAAAUCAUCUCUACCUUGCUCUCAAGAGGGGGAAGGGGAGCUCAUCAAUUCAAGAACUCCGCUCACAGGACCACGUGGCCCCAUUGCCCAAGAAAAGAACUUCCCUAAAGCUGAAAGUGGGAACCCCACAAGAGACCUGGGACUUGAGAUGGGCCACCCAGAGAUCUGCAUUCCUUACACAGAGGUGGACGGCCCUGGUACACACUCCACGGCACCCAAGACGCUGUGUUGAGCUGUGUAGUUAAGCUGAAGGGGU